AUGAAUUUGGAUGCCAAGGCUGGUGCCACAGAGAGGAGAAUGCAUCUACAAGAGAUCGAAGAACUCUGCCUUGAUGCCUAUGAUUCUGCCAUGUGGUACAAGAAAAAGACGAAGAUGUGGCAUGGCAAGAACCUUCGCAAGAAGGAACUCAAGGUGGACCAUAGAGUGCUUCUCUUCCAAUCCAGACUCAAACUAAUACCAGGGAAACUAAGGUCAAGAUGGAUUGGUCCUUAUACCAUUGUCGCCAUCAGAGCAAAUGGAGCAGUCGAACUCCAGGGGAGUGAUCCAGACUCGCCUACCUUCAUGGCGAAUGGUCACAGGGUGAAGCCGUACAGAGAAGGAAUGGAGGCAUUUGUGGUGGACGACAUUCCACUACUCAUGCCUAUCUCUUGCCAAUAA